AUGGCAAAUGUGAACGCUAUCCCUGGGUAUCUUACCGUUUCAUUCCCGAACUUGCCAAGUGAAAUCAAGGAUUAUAUCUCUUCUGUUCUAAAGGAAAACGUCGACGAAAUCUUAACUCUUGAUGACGUCAUUGCUGCUGUUGGAGACCAUCUUCAGAGUUACGUCAAAGAGCUAUGUAGCGACGGGUUGAAUCGGACUUGCUUGCAAUUACUACGACUUCUUCACGGAGAAAUUCACGUUUUCAUGAACCUUCCAAAAGUCGAAGAGCAUGGAGUGACAACAAAGAAAUUAGAACAAGCUGUAGAUAUGGCCGCGGAACGUCACAAUUUUGCUGAAAUGGAAAGCAUUUGGAAGCUACAAACGAGGGAUGCUCCUACGUCAGUCGACAAAAAGAAGUUAGGAAAAGCUGAAAAUCGUGCGGCUCAGAAAGCUGAACAGCGUGGAGCAGAACCUGUUGUACGGAAAAAGAGACCGGAAUCUACAGCAACUGCAUCUCAGGCUCCAAUAAGGGAUCCAGGAGUUCGUGGCGCAAAUGUGAAGGACGUGAAGCUGGAAAGCAUUGAUAUCUCGAUAGGUACAAAGCAACUAUUAUCGUCCGCUGAUUUGACUAUGGCAUAUGGUCGCCGUUAUGGUCUCGUUGGAAGAAAUGGAAUAGGGAAAACGACGCUUCUAAAGAUGAUUUCUAGUGAACAGCUGCGUAUUCCAUCAGGCAUCAGUUUGCUUGCUGUAGAACAAGAAGUUGAAGGAGACGAUGUUCGAGUGAUAGAUGCUGUUCUAGCUUCUGACAAGCGACGUCAAGCAAUGAUCGAGGAGGAGAAGGUUUUGCAGACUAGGCUAAAUAAGGAGAAUUUGACUGAAGCAGAGAAAAGCAAGUGGAACGAGGAGCUGUCAAAGCUAUACGUUGCGAUGGAGAACUUUCAGCUGGAUAAGGCACCAGCUCGAGCCGCUUCUAUAUUAUACGGUCUGGGAUUUACGCCUGAUGAACAGAAGAAACCAACGAAAGAGUUUUCUGGCGGUUGGCGGAUGCGCGUCGCCCUUGCCCGUGCUCUUUUCAUCAAACCGGACCUACUUCUUUUGGAUGAACCCACCAAUAUGUUAGAUAUGAGAGCAGUUUAUUGGUUGGAAGGUCAUCUUCAGCAAUGGGAAGGCACCAUCUUAACUGUUUCUCAUGAUCGGAAGUUCCUUAACGAAAUUUGUACGGAUAUUAUACAUUUGCAUACAAGGCGACUUGACCAUUACAGAGGGAACUACGAUACCUUUGAGAAGACAAUGAAGGAGAAACUUACUCAACAGCAGCGAGAAUACGAAGCUCAGCAAACUCUACGCCAACACACGCAAGAGUUCAUCGACAAGUUUCGAUACAACGCGAAACGUGCCGCGAUGGUGCAGAGUAGGAUCAAGAUGCUUGAGAAACUACCUGUGUUGCGAGCAGUUGAACUUGAUUCGGAUAUAACGUUCAAGUUUGCUGAAUGCGAAGUGCUGAACAAUCCGGUUUUGCAGUUGGACGACAUGUCCUUCAGAUACAAUGAAGACGCUCCAUUUCUGUUCCGAAAGUUGAACCUUGGUACACACGCAAAUUCUCGAAUAUGCAUAGUUGGUGAAAAUGGAUCAGGAAAGACAACACUUUUGAAAUUGUUACUCGGUGAACUUAACCCAACGGUGGGUCUGCGUAAUGUAAAUCGACGUAUAAGAAUAGGUUAUUUUACUCAACAUCAUGUUGAUCAACUCGAUAUGGAUAUGACCGCUAUUGAAGUCCUCGCCCAUAACUAUCCAGGUAUGUGCACUGGAAUUUUUGCGCUAAAUUCAUCAAGAAUGUUAUCCCUUCUAAUAAUUCCAUUUCUUUCAUCCGAGUUUUUUUCCUGUCAUCCAUCAUUCUCAACAGUCUUCGGAAUUUGCGCGUGGGUUCGGCCAUUGAUCGACGAAAUUUGGUCCUCUUGA